AUGAAGCGGUUGGGCUGCGUGAUUGGCGUGAAAGAGAACGAAGGAAAAGAGACGCAGCCAGUCGAUGACAAUGUGGCGGUGAAGCGUGGCGCAGAUUCUCGUAUUAUAUGCAAGAACAGCCACAGCAAUUUGAUAUUCGAUUCUGUUGAUGAUGCAAAGCUGCAGAAUUGUUCUAUACAGAAUCUUUCUCUGGCUUCCAGAGGAUGGCUCUUUGCUCGCUCCUUUGCUUCCCCUCUAUUCUGGGGACGGGUGCGAGACAGAGCUAUCGGGCGAGUUUACCUAACUGCGGCCAGCAGCCAGCCGUCCAUGACUAUCAAGACUCGAAUAUCCAUCGCUAUCUUCUUCAUGGCGUAG